GUUAAAUCAAUCAAUCAAUCAAUCACCACCCAGAUCACAGAGUCCUUGUUCCUUUGUUGAUCUUUUUCGUGUUAUACCAUUUCAGCAAGUCCAUCAUGCCGUCUAGAUCGUUAUUACUAGUAGGGCUUUUGCCGCUUAUCGCUCUAUUUUAUGUCCAAUACUCGAACGUGUUCCUAUCCAGCAAGAAUGUCGUGCCUCUGUCGCGUUCGAAGACGCCCAUCGUUAUGGCCUCCAUACCAGCCUUCAGCCAUAUGGAAAAGAUCACCACCAUUGCCGAAGGCCUUAUUCAACUAGGCUAUCCGGUCAGUUUCCUCACCGGCCCUGAGUUCGAAGACUACAUCGAAUCGAUCGGGGCGACCUACGUUCCCAUAGAAGGCAAAGGCCCCGGACUCAUGGCCGAAGACAAGAUGUCUACAUUUCUGAGCUUACAAGGGGACGAGUUGGAGAUCUUCGCGUUCAAAGCAAUCUUCCUCGACGAAAUCCCUUCGCAAUACCGCACUCUCCAGCGAACUUUCACCGACAUCCGCGACAAAUACGGACCAGAGCAGCCGCUGAUAUACAUUGCUGACUGUACAUUCGGCGGCCUCGCACCCGUCUUGCUAGGCGCAGACGGCAUUCGUCCAGAUGCUGCCAUCUCGAUCGGACAUGUUCCCUACGCAGCUGCCAGCAACGACACAUUCCCCGUCAGAUCUGGCCGUCACCCAGACACCAGCGCGGACUCGAAACGAAUCCACUUCGAGGCACAGCAGGCACAGUACAACAGCUACCCCGACCGUGAGUGGAACGCGCACACUCGCGACGUUCUAGCCCAGAUGGGCGCCACGACAUCGUUUGCCAGUAUGUUCGACAUGUUCGCGUCCGCGUCGGACAUCUUCCUGCAAUACGGUGUCCCCGAGUUCGAAUACCCGCGAACGGACUACCGCCCGAAUCUAAAGUUCAUUGGCGCACCGGUCACUGUUGGUAUUGCUGAGCGUGCUCUACCGCAAUGGUGGGGCGAUGUGCGCGAGGCGAAGAAGGCCGGGAAGCGUAUCGUGGCCGUGACAUCCAGCAGUGUGAUAUUCGACAACAACGUCCUGAUCAUACCGGCGCUCGAAGCACUGAAGGAGCGCGACGACGUGCUUGUUAUUGCUGCGCUUGUCACUUCCGAUGUCGAGCAAUUCGAAUUCAAGACGCCCGAGAACGCGAGGGUUGCGAAAUUCAUCCCCCUCGAUCUCGCUCUCCCUGAGGUAGAUGUGUUAAUCACCAACGGCGGCUACGGCACAAUCCAACAAUCCCUCCGCGCCGGCGUUCCUCUAAUCGUAACAGGCGUCGCCCAGGAUAAAUCGCACACUGGUGCGCUGAUCAAUUACAUCGGCAAUGGUAUCUACAAUGCUGUGCAUGAAACGAGUCCGGAGAUGCUCAGCGGCGCGUUUGAGGAGAUAUUGCGGAACCAGAGUUAUAGGGCGAAAGCGGAGGCUAUUGCAAAGGAGUAUGAGAAGUAUAAUGCUGUAGAGAUUGUGGAUAAGGAGAUACAGCGGGUACUGGAGGGGAAGUUGCUUGAAAAGGCCUAGGUGAGCAGGGUAGAGGUAGAACAGAGGCCUGCACAGUCACAUCAAUC